AUGAGGAGGAGCCGCAGCAGCAGCCGCCGCCGGCCCGCCUCGUCCCCGCGCUGAGGGGAAGAAAGAGCCCGACUGAGGGAAGAAAGGGAGAGCCGCCCCGGCCCGGCCGCCGCCCCGCCCGCCUUUCUCCUCGCCCGGCCCCGCGGGGACCGCCGCCCCUUCGUCCGCCUCGUCCGUUGUUCCUCCGCCGGGGCAAAUAGUCCGGCGCCUCCCCACCGGGAGGGGGGCCUGCACUGCCGCCGCCUCGGGCGCCCGCCCGCCUGGCCGAGGGGCAGCCGAGAAGCCGCCGCGUCCCUUCCACGCCCCCCCCGUCCCAGCCUCGCCUCAGAAACGGGCCGGGGGCGGGCGGCCGGCCUGGGCCGAGCAGCAGGAGGAGGAGGAGGCCGCGGGACCCCCGGCUGCUGCUGCCGCUGCCGCUGCUGGCCCUGAUGGGCAGGAGGAGGCGGAGGGUGGCGGAGGGCCUGCCGGCGUGCUAAAGCCCGAGGGACGAAGCCCGAGGGGGCCGCGGGACUGGUGCGCCCCGGGUGGGCCCGGGGCAGGACCGCGGCGCCCCUGCCUCUCUUGCCGCGCCUCAGGAGGAGGAGGAGGAGGAGGAGGAGGAAGAGCGAGGCCCGAGGAAGGGGACGAGCGAGCCGGGCUGGGCCGGGCCGGGGCCUGAGCGCCAGCAGCCAUGUCGGGCCGGCCCAGAACCACCUCCUUUGCGGAGAGCUGCAAGCCGGUGCAGCAGCCCUCGGCCUUUGGCAGCAUGAAAGUUAGCCGAGAUAAAGAUGGCAGCAAAGUGACCACAGUGGUAGCAACUCCUGGACAAGGCCCAGACAGGCCUCAAGAAGUUAGUUAUACAGACACCAAGGUGAUUGGAAAUGGAUCUUUUGGUGUUGUAUAUCAAGCCAAACUCUGUGAUUCGGGAGAGCUGGUUGCCAUUAAGAAAGUUCUGCAAGACAAGAGAUUUAAGAAUCGAGAGCUUCAAAUCAUGAGAAAGCUCGAUCACUGUAACAUUGUCAGAUUGCGUUAUUUCUUUUACUCCAGUGGAGAGAAGAAGGAUGAGGUAUAUCUUAAUUUGGUCUUGGACUACGUUCCUGAAACAGUGUACAGAGUUGCCAGGCAUUAUAGUCGGGCCAAACAGACACUCCCGAUGAUAUUUGUGAAGUUGUACAUGUAUCAGCUAUUCCGAAGUUUAGCCUAUAUCCAUUCCUUUGGAAUAUGCCAUCGGGAUAUAAAACCACAGAACCUUUUGCUGGACCCUGACACAGCUGUCCUAAAGCUCUGUGAUUUUGGAAGUGCAAAACAGCUGGUCCGUGGAGAACCGAACGUCUCUUACAUCUGUUCUCGGUACUAUAGGGCACCAGAGUUGAUCUUUGGAGCCACUGAUUAUACCUCCAGUAUAGAUGUUUGGUCAGCAGGCUGUGUAUUGGCAGAACUAUUACUAGGACAACCAAUUUUCCCAGGUGAUAGUGGUGUGGAUCAGCUGGUGGAAAUAAUCAAGGUCCUUGGAACCCCUACAAGAGAACAAAUUAGAGAAAUGAAUCCAAACUACACCGAAUUUAAAUUUCCUCAGAUUAAGGCACAUCCAUGGACUAAGGACUCGUCAGGAACAGGACAUUUCACCUCAGGAGUCCGGGUCUUCCGGCCCCGCACUCCACCCGAAGCAAUAGCGCUCUGUAGCCACCUGCUUGAAUAUACUCCUACUGCACGUCUGACCCCGCUGGAAGCGUGUGCACACUCUUUCUUUGAUGAAUUACGGGACCCAAACAUCAAACUACCGAGUGGGCGAGAGAAACCUGCGCUCUUUAACUUCACUACUCAAGAACUCUCAAGUAAUCCAUCUUUGGCAUCAACCCUCAUACCUGCUCAUGCUCGGAAUCAAGCCGCUGCUUCCACUCCUACAAAUGCUCCAGCAGCCUCAGAUGCGAAUGCAGGAGACCGAGUUCAGACCAAUAACGUCGCUUCGGCAUCUGCCUCCAACUCCACCUGAACUGGUCACAAGCAGCAACUUGUACAGAACAAUCGCCAGUAACUUGAGUCUUGCUCAGCAAACACUGGUCACAUUUGGAAAGAAAAUUAAAAAGAGGAAAAAAAAAACCCUGUUCAUUAUAGUGUUCAAUUUUUUAUUAUUGUUGUUCUUAUUUAACCUUGUAAAAUACCUAUAAAUACAAACCAGUUUCAUUGUAUCCUCAUUCUCUGCGGGCUCUUUCGGGCAGGGGAUAGGUAGAGUGGGAAGAGGAGAAGUGGAGCAAUAGACCACGCCAAUGUAUCUUCCCAUGACAAUCUUUUAAUUUCAACAAUUGCUGUUUAUCUGCGUCAGAAUCAGGAAUCGUGUUUCAUGCCCCUCCCACAACAAAAAGAAGGAAAAUUCUCCAUCUGCUGAAGCUCCUUUUUAAAGCCUUGUGUUUUUAAGUGAAGUUUCAACUUUUGGUAUAGUGCACAACUUGAAUUUGGUCAGGAGCUUAGCAGGAAUUGCUUAGCUUGAAUUUUGUACACAGGAGACCUUAACUCUCAUUGAAUUUGGGUUGGAAGGAAGGAAAGAAGGGCAAGAGAGGUGCUAAAAUAUGCUGGAUUGCCAAAGGGAACGGAGUGUGUGUGUGGUACUUCGUGAAUAAUGCUUGGAACUGUUAGGCGUAGACCUUGAUCAUAAAUUCUGUUCUAGCAUUGGGGAAAUCCUGUAGCUAUGUAUGUUACAUAUAUACACACAAACUAUCAGCUUGAACUAAUAGGCUUGUUCAUCUAACCUACGAUGUAUGUUUGGACCUGGACAUUCAAGGAUAUGUGAAGCACAAAAAAAAAGAUGGCCAGUGACUUGUCUCCUUCAGCAGAGAGGUAGACAUAAUCCUCCCGGUGCAGGAAACGGCUUGAAAGCCACUGCCAGCAUUAAAACACUUCUGCACCCCAAUGUGUACCCCAUUUCUGAUUCUAAACUGGCUUCUUUACCCGAGAAGCAAAUAGGAAA